AUGUGUCCACGAAGUAAGCAUAGCAGCCUUCAUUUAGGUGCGGGGACGUAUGGGGGGGGGGGGGGGGGGGGGGGGGGGGGGGGGGGGGGGGGGGGGGGGGGGGGGGGGGGGGGGGGGGGGUGGGGGGGGGGGGGGGGGGGGGGUGGGGGGGGGGGGUGGGGGGGGGGGGGGGGGUGGGGGGGGGGGGGGGGGGGGGGGGGGGGGGGGGGGGGGGGGGGGGGGGGGGGGGGGGGGGGGGGGGGGGGGGGGGGGGGGGGGGGGGGGGGGGGGAGGGGGGGGGGGGGGGGGGGGGGGGGGUGGGGGGGGGGGGGGGGGGGGGGGGGGGGGGGGGGGGGGGGGGGGGGGGGGGGGGGGGGGGGGGGGGGGGGGGGAGCUGACUUUGUGUUUUGA